GCGGGCGCUUUAAAACCAGCCAAGUCCUGCGCUCCGCUUUGAAAGCCGGGCAUCUUGGCUGGGCACCAGCGGAGCGACGCCGGAGUGAAGCCGUUUUCCAGCGAAUCCAGAGCGAGUCGGAGAUCCGCGCUUCGCUUUCCCCCCCGUUUUCCAACGUGGGCUGCGGGUGAAGCCUCGCGUCUCGUUCUGCAAAGGUCCUGCCUUUCGCUUGAGACUUUUUAAAAACCUUUUUUUAAUUGGAAGACCAUAAUAUUUCAGAAGAUGACUUCUGCCUUGGUCAACAGCAGAAGCAUGGUUUCCGCCCCAGAAAUCCUGAUCUGCGCCGCUGUUUUCUGCCUACUGCUGCUCCUCCUCAAAAACCGCCGACGGAUCCCAGCAGGAUUAAGGAAGCUCCGAGGGCCGAGGGGUUAUCCCUUUAUCGGAAACAUCUUAGACCUGGGGAAAAACCCUCACUUGGCUUUGACCCGCCUGAGCCAGGAGUACGGAGACGUCAUGCUGAUUCAUCUUGGCGCGAGGCCGGUUGUGGUGCUGAGCGGCUCGGAGACCAUCAAGCAAGCCCUCGUCAAGCAAGGGAGAGACUUCGCCGGGCGGCCCGACCUCUACAGCUUCAAGUUCAUCGGGGAUGGCCAGACCUUCUCCUUCGGGAGGAAUUCCGAGGAGAGCUGGCGCGUUCGCCGGAGGCUCGCUCAAACGGCCCUGAAGACCUUCGCGGGCUCCACCAGCCCAAACUCAUCGACUUGCCUGCUGGAGGAACACAUCUCCCAAGAGGCAGAGUACUUGGUCAAGAAGUUCCUAGAUCUGAUGAAAGAGAAGGAGAGCUUCGAGCCCUUCCAGUACGUGGUCAUCUCCGUGGUCAAUGUCAUCUGCGCCAUGUGCUUUGGGAAGCGCUACAACCACGAGGAUCGAGAACUUCUGAAUAUCGUGGACAUCAACAAUGACUUUGGCCUAGUAGCCGCCUCUGGGAAUCCAGCCGAUUUCUUCCCAAUCCUCCAAUAUCUUCCCAGCCGAAGCAUGGAAGCCUUCAAAGAUCUCAACCGGAGAUUCAACGUGCUGAUGAAGAAGCUGGUGGAAGAACAUUAUGAGGGCUUUGACAAGAAUAACAUCCGAGACAUCACGGACUCCCUCAUCAGCUUCUGCCAGGAUAAAAACCCGAACUUAAAUGCCAACGAUGCUCUUAAGGAUCAGAACAUUGUUGGUAUCGUCAACGAACUCUUUGGAGCUGGAUUUGAUACCGUCACUACUGCUCUAUCCUGGUGCCUUCUCUAUCUGGUGACUUACCCAGAAAUCCAGAGGAGAAUUCAAGAAGAACUAGAUCAAAUCAUCGGAAGGGAAAGGACCCCCAAGCAAUCUGACCGUGCCAUGCUCCCUUACUCGGAAGCCUUUAUGUACGAGAUGUUCAGGCAUUCAUCCUUCAUUCCCUUCACAAUCCCACAUUGCACCACUCGGGACACAGCAUUGAAUGGCUUCUACAUUCCAAAUGAUACCUGCGUGUUUGUGAACCAAUGGCAGGUCAAUCAUGAUCCGAAACUUUGGAGCGAGCCUUCCGUUUUCAACCCGGAACGAUUUCUCAUGACCGACAGGACCGGAAUAAACCGAGCAGAGUGUGACAAAGUGAUGACUUUCGGCUUGGGCAGAAGGCAAUGCAUUGGGCAGAGCAUUGCGAAAUGGGAGGUGUUCCUCUUCCUGACCACUUUGGUGCAGAAGCUGGAAUUCACUUUGUCCGGCACCGAGACGAUGGACACAACUCCCCAGUAUGGCUUGACCAUGAAAUACAAGAAAUGCGAACACUUCCGGGUCAAGCCCCGUUUUUAGCGUGGGAAAUCCAGAAAGAGCAAAGACUGUGACCCCUUGUCCAGGAAGGGGGACAAAGGGGUUACUUAUUCUGUUAGGAUUUGUUGUUUGGUGUGCUCAGCCACCCACAAUUAUGUUACUAUCUUGCUGCAAAUAUAGAUAGAUAGAUGAUAGAUGAUAGAUGAUAGAUAGAUAGAUAGAUAGAUAGAUAGAUAGAUAGAUAGAUAGAUAGAUAGAUAGAUAGAUAGAUAGAUAGAUAGAUGGAUGGAAUUUACAUCUCAGGGAUAAUCUCUUAAGGUUUUUUAUUAACACAGAACAUCCUCUGAAUAGUCUUGGAUCAUAAGCCAAUCUAAACAGGCACUGAAUUUGAACCUUGAAUAAUCCUGAGAUUUUUGCCUGGACACUUCACACUGAAUGGAAGGGUUUU